UGAGCAAGUGUGGUCUGGCUUUAGCCUUAAACACUGGUGAGACAGAAGGCAUUUUCUUACAGUAUCUUACAGUAGUGAGACAAAGCUAUGACUUCAUGGCUAGCUUCCUCUUUACUACCAAAGACCUUUCUUUUUGCAACUUACCAUUAAAUAUGUUUCAGUUCAGCUAUGAGUUCCGUACAAUUAUAUGUAUUCAUUUAGCAAAAAUGAGCCAAGCAUAUCGUUGAGGCUUGAGAGUCUUUCCUAAGAGCCUAGAACAAAAGUUAACCACAGAGGUAUCGGUUACCGCAGGCUGCCACUGCACGCCAUAUAGGUCAUAUUAAUGGUUUAUCCUUUCCUUAUAUUGUAUUAGAAAGUCUAUGGAGAAAGAUAAAAACAUAAACAAGAAGGCACAAAAUGUACUAAAGGGUUUUUCUUUUCUUUCUUUUUUUUUCUUUUUUCUUUGCGGAAGCUAAAUAAAUGUUAAUGUAAGACUUUAGAAUUGUGUUUAGCAGACUUUUUUUUUGUCCACAGGAAGCUGCUCUUAAAGCGUUCUCAUAGAUACUAAACCCCAGGCCUAGUUUAGGGCAUCCUACCAGCCCACACAUUUUUUUUUUUCAGACAGAACAAAAAAAUAACACCUCUAUCAGUCACAGACAUAUACACAUGCAUGCACACACACACACACACACACAAACACAAAAACACACGAGCGCACACGCGCGCGCACAUACCAUAUGCCUUCAAAUAGAUGUCAGAAAAAGAGAAGUGUGAAAAGGACAGUGUCAUGUCAAGUGCAGAGCUUCUGCACAAAUGCACAGUACUUUUUUAUGCUACAGAACACACAGCCUUACUGUCAGUAAGCGCAUGAUUCUGCUGUUCAGAGGAACACCUCAUUGUCCAGAGAAGGAAGGGAGUGAGGAGGAAGAGGCACAGCAGUGUUACAAGAGAGAACUAGAACAAAUCAAAGGAAAGUGGGAGAAGGCAAGCGUAUCGUUGGCUGGUAGGGGGCUCAUGGGGAAUCUCCUGAAAGUGCUGGCUUGCGCCGAACUUGAGCAUGGCCAAAUAGUUUUCCUUGACUUUGAACAUGCCCAGCCCACAGAGGCGGAGACAGCCGUUUGGAAUCAAGUCAGCGCCGUUCUGGAGGAGGCUCACGGCAUCCUAGCAGAGUUACAGUCUUACAGUGGAGCAGGGCAAGAGAUAAGAGAGGCUAUUCAGAACCCCAAUGACCUCCAGCUUCAGGAGAAAGCCUGGAACGCUGUGUGCCCUCUGGUGGCCAAGCUGAAGCGAUUUUAUGAAUUUUCACUCAGGUUAGAAAAUGCCCUGCGCAGCCUGUUGGAAGCACUGACGAGCCCACCGUAUGCUCCCAUGCAGCACCUGGAGAGAGAACAGGCCCUGGCUAAACAGUUUGCAGAGAUCCUGCACUUCACUCUCAGCUUUGAUGAGCUAAAGAUGACAAACCCAGCCAUUCAGAAUGACUUUAGUUACUACAGGAGGACUAUAAGCAGGAAUCGGCUAAACAAUCAGCAGCUAGAGGCGGAGAAUGAAGUCAAUAAUGAAAUGGCCAAUCGGAUGUCUUUGUUUUAUGCGGAAGCCACACCCAUGCUAAAAACACUGAGCAAUGCCACAACUAAGUUUGUGUCAGAGAACAAGACUUUGCCUAUCGAAGACACCACAGAUUGCCUGAGCACUAUGGCCUGUGUGUGCCGGGUCAUGCUGGAGACUCCGGAAUACCGGUGCCGUUUUACCAACACAGACACUAUGCUGUUCUGCAUGCGUGUUAUGGUGGGCGUGAUUAUCCUCUACGAUCAUGUUCACCCUGUGGGUGCCUUCGCUAAAACCUCCAAGAUUGACAUGAAGGGGUGCAUCAAGGUGUUAAAAGAGCAGCCUUCAAACAGUGUGGAGGGAUUGCUGAAUGCUCUGAGGUAUACAACAAGACAUCUAAAUGAUGACAGCACCUCAAAACAAAUCCGUGCUCUGCUUCAAUGAGGGGAGAUGGAGGGAGAGAAAGAGCGAGAGAGAGAGAGAGAGAGAGAGAGAAAGAGAGAAAGUUGGGGAGAUGAAAUCAAGUAUGAGAGAGAAAAAUGAUGAAGGAGGAAGUUGCUGACAGAGAACAAAGUAUGAAGGCUGGAAGCUUUUGGGUAACACACCCUUCAGAAACCUGUUUGUUUACAUGAAUGAAAUGCAAAAUGUCAAUUUCAAAAACUAAAUAGGGAAAACAAUGGAUGGAAAAAUAUAUAUAAUAUAUUGUCAGUUGUUCAUCAUGUCUUUGAUUUUGUAAAAACAUAAAAAAGAGAUUAUAGAAAUAUAUAUAUAUGUAGGUAUAUUAAAAUGUAAAAAAAAAAAAAAAUGCUAAAACAGAACCAUGGCUUACCAGAUGAGAACAUUUGAGGGGGGGAAAAAGCAUUUAUUAAAGCCCUAUGACCAGAAACAAAAACAACGAAUAAGGUCCAUAUAACUAUGUACUUCUGCAGAUUAUUUUUGCACAUAGAUAAUCCCCUUAUUAAAUAUAAAGAUUUUGAAAAAUGGCUUCACAUUGUAUAGUGUAUAGUGUGUAUAGUGCCGGUCAGUCUCCCUGCAUUUAAAUACCAUUUGAUUUUUAAUACACUCGCCUCGUCAUCUGCACCCAUGCUUCUUCCUUUGCAUUCUGCAGGAGUAUUUUAUUUAAUUCUACUCCCUUUCCAAGUUUCAGUUACAAAAUCAAUUUGUGAAGCAUGCCAUGUUAUAUUUCUGCCGAAACUCAGUACCUGUAAAACAAGAGACAUACGUUGCUGUAUAUACUCGAAAAGCACAGGUUAAGGAUAUUUGUUGACUUCUUCACUAGUGCUGUACAGCAAUACUGAAAUAAAAUAUUGACUGCAAACGCAGUUUCGAUAAGCUGUUUUGUGCCAAUAUAGAAUGAACAACGAACAGUUCAUGAACAAAAGAAAGGCCUUAGUACGAUGUACAUGUACAAAUGUGCACUGAAUUAGGAAUUGUCCUGCUUCAGGAAACUGUGCGAGAAGGAAUUCGAAGCAAAGCCAUGAAACUCAGAAGCCGCUCACAUUUCACUCAGCGCUGCUGCUCCUUUCUCUGCAACCAUCUCAUUUGAGGACCCUGUAGAUUAUCAGGAGUUUAUUACAUAUUGAGUGAACUACAGGAUCCGCUUAGCACCAAUUUAACGUAACAGUACAACAUAAAAACACACUCAUAGUGUAUUAAGUUUACUGGUCAGAAAUACUGGACAUUGCCUAUUAGUGUACUCAAGUUCAAGUUCUGGACACGUUUACACUUGUAGAAAUCUGGAAAACAAUCAAUUACACUUACACACAUACACACAGGCACACAAACACACACAUAAAGGGCAUACAGGUGAUUAAAAAAAAAAACAAGUAGUAUGUUUUUGUGUAAAUAAGUGAAUAAGCGGAGGAUUUUCCACCAGCCAUCUAAAAGGCCAUGGAACUGAUGCGCUUACAGUCAACUAGAGAAUGUUUCUUUUAGUAAGAUGCAAUUUUAAAAAAAAGGUGAUCAUGUCAUAAACAAGUGAGUAUUUAAAAAAUAAACUAUUUAAUAAAAUUAAGAUGCAACAAACGCAGUGUUGUAUUUCGAUGUCUAUAGCCCUUAGUUGAACUUAAUUUGAUCUAACAGUAUAUUUUUUAUACAGGGGUAUGUUUACAAGCAUAUUCUGUAUAAAUAAAUAGAUGGCAUGCUGUACAACUUCAGAUGAAAUUGUGUAAAUACAGUGUUUUUAUUCAUUUUCAAAUGUUCAGUGAACUGAAUUGGGUGUGUGUUGUGUCUAAGAAAACCUUGCAUUUGGCUCGGACUAUUGGACUUGCUGUAGUCACAGGUUCCAGCUCUUCAACUUCAUACUGGGGGAGAAAAAGUAAUGGGCAAGUUGGAUGGGGGGGAGGGAGAGGGCUGUCCAUUUGCUUGUUAUUUUGUACAUUUUGUGCAACAAUAAACUUGUCAUUUAUUAAGUUCA